AAAACAGUAGGCGUAACCAAAUUGAUGACGAGCUUCCUGCUCAAACUGAUUUAGUUGUGCAGAGGAAACGACGAUUAAGACAACAAAGAAUCCCUAUCUCUGAAACGAAGAUGGCCCCUCCAUUACGGAAUCGGUCCUUGCGUGUUUUCUUGCAUGACAACCGCCACGUCAUGGCCAAGCAUUCUGCGGUCUACCCUUCUCAGGAGGAACUGGAGAAUGUGCAAAACAUGGUAUCCCACACAGAACGAGCCCUCAAGGCAGUCUCAGACUGGCUGGAUAAACAAGAAAAGUGUGACGGUGAUGGUACCGAACCUGAUAAAGAGAGUGAGCCCAAAGAACAAGUCACACGGACUCUUCGUGGCGUGAUGAGGGUGGGCCUUGUGGCCAAGGGCCUUCUGUUGAAGGGAGAUCUGGACCUUGAGCUGGUGCUCCUCUGCAGGGACAAACCAACCAACAUUUUGCUAAAGAAGGUGGCUGACAACUUGGCUGCACAGCUUAAGGUUGUCACUGAAGACCAAUAUGUUGUGAAUCACGACGUCCAAGAGGCCUGUAUCACCAUCAAGAACACAAAGGAGCCCACUCUCACCCUCACCAUUCACUUGACGUCCCCGUUAGUUCGCGAGGAGAUGGAGAAGGCCGCCGCUGGCGAAACGCUAUCAGUCAACGAUCCCCCGGAUGCUCUGGACAGGCAGAAAUGCAUAACUGCCUUGGCGUCUCUUCGCCACGCUAAGUGGUUUCAGGCAAGAGCCAAUGGAUUGCGCUCCUGUGUAAUCGUCAUUCGGGUUCUAAGGGACCUGUGUGCCCGUAUCCCAACAUGGACCCCACUUUCUGGCUGGCCGCUGGAGCUGAUCUGUGAGAAAGCCAUUGGCACAGGAAACCGGCCCAUGAUGGCAGGAGAAGCACUACGCAGAGUCUUAGAAUGUCUGGCUUCAGGAAUCCUAAUGCCAGAUGGAGCUGGAAUUGCUGAUCCAUGUGAGAAGGAGCCAACAGAUGCAGUCAGCCACUUGGACAGCCAGCAGAGAGAAGACAUCACAUUGAGUGCACAACAUGCCUUAAGGCUGUCAGCCUUUGGACAACUUCACAAAGUGCUCGGAAUGGAUCCGCUUCCCUUUAGGAUACCCAAGAAAACUCCCGGACCGCCAAUUGAUUAUAUAGUGCAAAUCCCACCCAGUACCACGUAUGCCCCACCGAUGAAACGGCCCAUUGAGGAAGAGGCGGGUAUUGAAGAAAAGACUCCCAAUAAGAAGAAGAAAAAAUUGCAAAAGAAAUCAACGACAGAGGAUAAGUUUGAUACCCAGGCUAUGAAUGCUUUAAUGCGACUCAACCAGCUGAAGCCGGGUCUCCAGUACAAGCUGAUCUCCCAGACCGGCCCGAUUCACGUUCCUGUCUUCACUAUGGCCGUCGAAGUUGAUGGCAAGACUUUUAAAGCUUCAGGUCCAUCCAAACGGACUGCUAAGCUCCAUGUAGCUGUCAAGGUACUGCAAGACAUGGGGAUCUCCACCGGAGUGGAAAUCAAACCUCCAGAGCCUGUAAAAACGGAAGAAACCAUACAACCGGUCACAGUGCAGGAUGUGAAAGAAGAAGAAACAGCCACUGAAGUUACUACUCCUGUGCUCACAGUACCAGCCAGCACAAAUUCCACUGAUCCUGCGCAGACCGCACGCCAACAGGGACCAAUCCUGAGCAAACACGGCAAGAACCCCGUGAUGGAGUUGAACGAGAAACGCCGUGGCCUAAAAUACGAGCUCAUCUCAGAGACUGGCGGCAGCCAUGACAAGCGUUUCGUCAUGGAGGUGGAGAUUGAUGAACAGAAAUUCCAGGGGACCGGGUCCAACAAGAAAGUAGCCAAGGCUUACGCAGCACUGGCGGCUUUGGAGCAGCUCUUCCCCGAGAGCUCUGUGACUCAAGUGUCGAAAAAGAAAAAGGGACCUCCAAUGAACAAUGAAGGCUAUGGCAUGAUGGGACCUCCUGGCGAUGUCACUUUGCCCAGAGGCAGAGGACGGGGUCGUGGAAGGGGAAGGGGUUUCAAUAACGGUGGAGGCUACGGAACAUACGGUUACGGCAACAGCUCAAUGUCUGGAUACAAUUACUACAACAAUGGUGGUGCAAAUGCAGGAGGCGGGCAGUCGGGCGGCCCCUCGGGUGGCACUCAAGCCAAUACAGGACAGGGAUCCAGACAAAGCUCAUAUGGCACAUACUAUGAUGGUGACGGAGCCUACAAUAGCCCGGCUUCUGCCAAAGUCCACGUAAAGAAACCCCCCACCAGGGGAGGCAAGUCAUCUUAUCAGGGUCUCUCGGGUAUGAAUAGCUCAUCUACAGGGACCUACCAGGCCAGCAACUCUUCCGGACAGGGCAGCUAUAACCAGUAUGGCUAUAAUCAAACAAAGAAGAAUUUUCACCCGGGAGGUGCAAGCGGGUACUCUUAUAGCACUGCCUACCCUAGCCAGGUGACUGGUGGUUCUGGAGGAAACCAGGAUUAUAAUUAUGAUGGUUUCAACAACCAGUCCAAUUACAACUCGCAGGGUGCCGGAGAAAAUCAUGGGUUCAACACCUACCAUACUCAGUACCACAAUACUGGAAGUUACAACAAGGGAGAUUCCAGUGGAAAUUACCAGUAUAGAUAGACUCGAGUUGCUCGUGUGAGUCUCCCACUCCUCUCCGGCUUUGCCUCAGAAUUUUUCCGAAGAAUGUGAUUGAUGGCUCACCUGCCCUCCUCAACUUCCUCCUUCAUGUUUAUGUGCAUAUAUUUGGUUCUGUCAGUCAUUUCAGGCUUUGUUGUAGUUUGGUAGACGUUCAAAGGAUUGAUAAUCUCAAGUUUGUCUUUUUGUGUUUUUGUAUUAAUAAAACCACUAUGGAAGAAAUGAUGCUACUACAGGGCUCGUGUGGCUCCAACUUUGCUUUUAAGUUGCAUGACAAGCUCUGCUUUUAACAACUCCAAACUUGUAGAUAUAUUUGCUUAUAUUUUUGCCUUUUUGAGUAAUGUUACUAAUAUAAUUUUAGUUGGAGAUUACUGGAAAAUACACACGUUAGUACUUCAAGUAGCUUUUGAUUUUGUUGAUAUUUGUCUUCUCACUGUAUGUUACCAUGUGUCUUUGUAUUAAUAAAUGGUAAUUUAGAA